AUGCUUCACAUUUUGCGUUGGUGGAUUUUAUCGUGCUCCGAGGCUCCGAGCUCGGCCAUUCAGGGCCUGGCCAAAGAACACCUGGAAGUUGGACCCAGUUGCCCGGACUCCGCCCCUGUGGGCCCCGCUGCGCAGAGUUGGCUGCAGCACGUGGGCCCCGAGCGGGGCCAAGUUCUGGCGCAGACCGCCGGUCUGGUGGCGGCUCUGGGCCGGGAGGUGCCGGCAGCGCUGCUGCCGCCGGAGCUGUUGGCGCUCCAGCAGCAGCUCCGUGCUGCGCUGGCGCGAGGGGACGACUCUGCUUUGCGGCGUGCCUGCGAGAGAGUCAUGGACAGCCCCGCAGGCGCCGUGUUCGCCCGUGACCUGCAGGACGGCAUGGAGCACUUGCGCAGCACCUUCCGGCUGCCGCCCAGCUGGUCCGUGGAGUGCAUGGUGCGAGGGGAGGGCCGGCUGCUGGCGAAGCGCGAGGUCACGGAGCCCAAGUUGCUGCGGCUCUUCGAUGGGCUGGUCCGCAGCACGGCGCUGCCCUCCGUGCGCACCCGGGACCGCUGGGGCGCCGUGCCCAGGAGCUUCCGGGCGGUGCGGGCGGUGCAGAUCAUGAACGCCGGCACCUGGUCCAGCUACGCGCGGAGGCGGGAUGUAGUGGCGCAGGACUGCGCGAAGCUCAAGGCGCGGACGGACGGCGGCUUCUGGCGGGACCGGCUCAACGGGGAGCUGCUCACGGCGGAGCUCACGGCGGCGCACCCCGAGGUGAAUGCGGCAGAGCCGCUGGUGCCGGCGGCGAACGAGGUGUGGCUCUUCCACGGCACGAGCCACGAUGCGGCGGAGGGCAUCACCACAGACGACUUCGACCUCACGAAAGCGAACCCCUCAGGCCUCUUCGGCGCCGGGGUGUACUUCGCCGAGUCCGUGAGCAAGGCGGACGAGUACGUGAAGGGCAAGGUUGUGGGAGGGGUUGAGCUUUUCCCCCUGCUGCUCUGCCGCGUUUGUCUGGGCUACGUCUACUACUGCGAGGACCGGCGCCCCUCGGCGCGGCACUUGGAGGAGACGUGCCUGCUGAAGGAGUGGCACUCGGUACUGGGGGAUCGAAAGAAGACCUCCGGCACGUUCCGGGAGUUCAUCAUCUACGACAACCUCCAGGCCUUCCCGGCCUACAUCGUGUACUACGCCCGGGAGUUCUGA